AUGAACCGGCUUGCACAGGACGCAGACAAGCCAACAGUGAGCGAUGAUUCAAGUAGCACCCAAGGCACAGCAGGCAGCAAAGACAAAGUCACUAAACCUCCGGAGCCAUCCUCGAAUACAGCAAAGCUGAACUUUCCAGGCAAACUUCACAUAAUAUUGAGUACCCCAGAAUUCAACGACAUAAUUUGUUGGCUCCCUCACGGUCGAGCUUGGCGGGUUCAACAACAAGAACGGCUGGAGUCAGAGAUUUUACCAAAGUUCUUUCAGCAUCAGAAAGCGGCUUCCUUCUAUCGACAGGUUACUGGGUGGGGCUUCAAUCGUAUCACCAAAGGGAAUGAUUUCAACGCGUAUUAUCAUGAAUUGUUUCUGCGUGAUGCUACAGAGUUAUGUAAAAAGAUGAAGCGUCCUACAAGGACCGAGCUUUCCGAACGGAAGCAAGCCAUACCAAAGGCACCGCCGGACUUUUAUGUCAUGCCUCCUGCCACAGUGGCAACCUCCGAUCCGGACCACUCUUCAGAGCAGAAUAUGACUUCCGAUGAGUAUCAGGAUAUGUUGGUGAGGCGACUGUCAACAUAUUCCUUAUCUGAAAAGGGCAUGUUUCUCCAGUUGGAGCUGAACAAGAUGGAACAGAAGAAAUCUGAGAUUGUGAACAAGCUGAAAGAGUAUGGCUUUGGCUCACGAUCCUCCACAACCUCGGAACGAUCCUCUCCUCCAGUUAGCAGCGAUAAUAGCUACCAGCAACAGCAAGCUACAACAUUAUCAUCGACAACGGCAGCAAUGCAAUCAUCCAAUCUGCAGCAGGCAUUAGUAAACAGUCAACUGCAGCAGCAAUCAUCAUCAUUCAAUCCAUUUACUUCUUUGGCCAUGGCAACAGCAGCGGCCAGCAACAAUUAUAACCACAACUCAGCAGCAGCAUCCAUGUCAACUGCAACUAGUUCGCUAGAACAUCAGUUGCGAUUGGCACUCUUACAACAAAUGCAGCAACAACAAUCGCAGCAGCAACAAUCGCAGCAGCAACAGCAACAAGCUUCCUCUUUCUUUCAGCAAUCUCCAUUAUCGCAGUUUGCCUUGCAAAACUAUUUGCGUGGUGGAGGAGGGAAUGGGCAUGGUGGGCUGCAACAACAAGAACAACAAGAAGCGUUGAAUCAUCUACUGAAUUGGCAGUAG